AUGAGAGAAGAAUUUUUUGGUGGUAUUCAUUGUAUUAAGCAAAGAGCGACGGCUUAUUAUGUUGGAUACAGACGCUCCCUACCUGCCUCUAAAAAAGAAGUGACCUUUUCGAAGAGUUGGUCUCUUUUACGGCCCUUCGUCGAGGAAGAAAUGGUCACAUUUUAUUUAUUAACCUUUGUCAUUAAUGGUUUUUAUAUUUCAUUGUCUGAAAUGACUGAAGAGAAAGAGAGAAGUUAUUCAUACCAUCAUCCAACAACUACUAUUCGACGUUUAGGAAGAGGAUUGAAUCAAACAAUUGAGGAAGAUACCUGCAUGGUGCUAGGUGUCGGUCAAGAAAGUCUUUGGUAUGCUACGAGUUGCAAGACAAUUAAUGGCAAAAGGAUUACCCUUCGUAAAUUCAAUUAUUAUUAUGCUUCGAUUUACGACGAAUACAAUCAUGAGAAAUAUUCUGGAAGUGAUUCACAUAAUCAGAGAGUGUUGAUUUGGUUCCUUGAUUAUCAAAAAGAAAUGGCGAUAUUUGACCAGCUCUCUUUUACGUUGGAUUGUUUAGAAAGGCAUCUUUUGAGAAGUCUCUGUCAUCAGGAAAUGUAUCCCCUUGUUGGUGGUCGUGGUUACGAUAGCAUAUAUAUCAGUCUUGCUGGUAUAGAUAGUGAAAUAAAAGGUGGAAAAAAUUGA